GAGGACCUGAGGGUGAGGGUCUCUCUAACUUUAGUGUCAGUCCGGCCGCCAUCAGCUCCAGACGACCUCCUUCAGAGAGAGAGAGCGCACUGUCAGCAGCGAGGUUGCCAUCUUGGUUGCCAUGGCGUCGACCAGUGAGAGCGAGGAGCGAGGGGAUCAGGCGGUCCCUAACGGGGACGGGGAGGAGACCGUCCAGGGGGUCCAGAACCGUUACCUACGCUGUUCGUCGCCCAGUCUCUCCAUGCUGUCAGAGUCCAGGUUCUCCAUGAUCUCCGGCUCUGACGCCGCCAGUAUCUUCAUGGAGCCGAUCCACCUCUCCUCAGCCAUCGCCGCCAAAAAGAUCAUCAACGAAGAGCUACCUUCUCGUGGCGCACGCACAGAGUCCAUCCCAGAGUCCAUGCUGGAGACGGCCGAGCAGCUGAUGGUGGAAGACCUCUACAACCGUGUCAAGGACAUGAUCGACGACCGCAGCCCCUACAACACCCCCUGUGUGCUGGACAUCCAGAGGGCCAUGGUGCAGGACCGCCUGGAGGCUCCCAUCAACCCCGUGGACGAGGUGUGGCCCAACAUCUUCAUCGCCGAGAAAUCUGUCGCCGUCAACAAAGCUCGCCUGAAGAGAAUGGGCGUCACCCACAUCCUGAACGUGGCUCACGGUACGGGGGUCUACACCGGGGAGUCGUUCUACGCCGGCAUGAACAUCCGGUACCUGGGCAUCGAGGUGGACGACUUCCCCGACGCCGACAUCUCCGUGCACUUCAGACCCACGGCAGAGUUUCUGGACGAGGCUCUGCUGACGCACAAAGGAAAGGUUCUGGUGGUGUCCAUGAUGGGCGUCAGCCGCUCCGCCGUCCUGGUGGCGUCCUACCUGAUGAUCUUCCAGAACAUGACCAUCAUGGAGGCCUUGACCUCCAUGAGGAAGAAACGCGCCAUUAACCCCAACGAGGGCUUCCUGAAGCAGCUGAGGGAGCUCAACGAGAACCUGAUGGAGGAGCGCGACGAUGACGAUGACACGCUCAGCCAGUGCUCCGUGAUCGACGCUCGAGCACGCGCCCGUAUCUUCGGCGAGGGCGGGGACGACGAUGACGAUGACACCGAUAAAGAGGAAGAGCAGAGCAUGAUCGAGGUGAAGGCGAACUCCAUCAUGAUGGAGGAGGAGGAGGAUGGGGAGAGCGUGAUGAGCAGCGUUGCCUCCUCUGCCGCUGCCGCCGCGCUAAAGAGCGGAUUAAUCAGUGCUCAGAAUGGGCUGGAUAACCACAGAUCAGCUCAGGAAGAGAUCCAGCUACCUGAGCAGGAGGGCGGGGAUGACGGCGAGGAUGAGGACGGUCUGGACAGCAUGAUCCGUGAGUGGCAGCGGAGGAAUGAGAAAUACCAGAGCGACGACUGGUGGGAGGCUCAGCUGAACAGCGACGGCGAGGACGGGGAAUCUGUUACUGAUGGACGGCCAAGGAAGGCCAAGGAAGGCGUGGACACAGACGUGGAGAGUGUCACUAGCGAGGACGUACGAGCUGUAAAAGAGCAGUUAAAGCGGCGAAAUAGAUGCCAACCCUCAGACGCCAUGUCCACCUCCAGCUACUCCAGCUACUCCGAUCUCUGGAAACAGCGGUUAAAGGAAAUCGAGGAGCAAGCUGCCGCUCGCUAUCGCAAGAAAGACGACGACCAAGGGAGCGAAAGCACCACGACAGAAGGAGGCAAAGGAGAGAAGAAGAAUAUCGACGAUGAAGUGGCGAGCAUCCUCUCUGACACCAGCUCCAUGUACAACUUCUGUCAGAAAAACAAGGAGAAGAUGUCGCCGCUGGAGCGGUGGCGUGUCAAGAGGAUCCAGUUUGGCUGGAACAAAAAGGACCGGGAAGACGGCGAGAAGAGUUCUGUGGGCGAUGGAGAGAAAGGGGAUGGCGAGGGAGAGGCUAGGACGCCAUCCUUCGAGGAGGUGAACCUGACAGCAUAUCAGGCGUGGAAACUGAGGCAGCAGAAGCGCUACGGUGAGGAGAACACGGAGGAGAUUCUGGAAAUGAGCCGUGGCGAGGACUCUGCAACAGCUAAACGGAGGCAACGGCGAGAAGAGCUCCUGGAGCGCUCGAAGAAGACGCUCCAGGAGAGUCAGUCCAUGUGUGGCUGGGAGACGGAGAGCUGCGUGAGCGGGGGGACCAUCCCUCUAUCUGCCUUCUGGGCCGGAGCCGGGGUCACGGGGCCUCCGAGCGUCGCCAACGAUGACAACAUGUCCAUGAUCAGCGGGAGAUCAUCCGUCAUUUCUUCCAUUUCACAGCCUCGUAGUUUGAGAUCUGGACAGUCUGUAGUGAACCCAGUCCAACCAGUCCCUCCAAUAGUCCCAGUUCCUACAGUCCAAGGUCCUGGAGGAGAACCCAUGGUCAAUCUCGCUAGCAUCCAGAACUGGAUCGCCAACGUCGUCUCUGAAACCAUCAAACAGAAGCAGAGCGAGAUGAGUCUUCCUCCACCGUCACGUGCUGGAUCAGAGUUGAGCUUCGGAGGAGCAGGAAGCGUGGUUUCAGGCCGCGGUGUGGACGAUGAUAAGGCGUCCUUGCUGAGCGGAGCUUCGUAUUCCAGCGCUCUGUCGCAGGGUCGAGGCAGAGCGGCAUCCGUCCUGUCAGGAGGGGGCGCCAGCAACAUCUCUGGUCUCAGUGGAAAGGGAUCAGCACUGGGAUCCACUCUGGGAUCCACUCUGGGUUCCACUCUGGGCACAAAGAAGAACAAAAUCACCACGACCAGCGUCCCCCUGUUCAGUCUCUUCCAGGACCAGGUUGACAUGGGAAAACUGGACGCCAUGGACAAGGAGAUCAAGUCGGAGAUGCGGGGCAAGAUGGCGACCUACGAGAAGAAGAAGAUCCUAGAGGACAACAAGCGCAGCACGCUCUACAAGAAGAAGAAACCCAAGGAGGAUGAAGAUGAGGAGGAGGAGAGGAAGAAGAAAGAAGAGGAGUUUCUGGAGGAGGCGAAGAAGAAGGAGAAACCAGCGAGGAGUUACGGCCUCUCCGGGUGUCUGAAUCUGAACCCGGCACUGGAGAAAGACAAGGACACGAGCAUCGACGACUGGCUGAAGAGUGUCAGACCUCCUCCGAGGACAUCUGGAUCAGGACCUGGUCUUCCAGAAGAUCCGUACGAUGAUCUCGACGCCUCCGCUUCUGAAUUCGACUUCUCGAGCCGCAGAGCUUCGUACACCGUCGAUGAAGACGAGGAGGAGACUUACGGCGUUACCUCCAGAUACAGAUCCAGGCUGCACGAGGAUCUAUCAGAGGAUGCUGAGUUUUCCUGUAACGGGUUGUCCCACAGCCGGGCGGGGAGGUCGUACGGCGCCUACGAUGACGCCGACGACGAGAGCUACGCCGACCUCUCCACGAAGAGAAAGUUCACUCAUCACUCUCGAUACGAGAGCGGCGAGACAGAAGGGAGGAGAAGCAGGAGAGAGGAGGCUGCUGCCGACGAUGAGGAUGACAUCGCCGCCUUCAUCGCCCAGACCAGACAGAGGGUCAGAGCGCGGGCCGCAGCCGAGGCCGAAGACGACGAAGUGCUCGCCGCCUGGAGGGCACAGCAGGAGGCAAAGUCACAGAGUAGAAGUGAAUUAUAGAGGGAUGUUGGAGAGGAAGAGCCAGAACCAGAUCAGGAAUAUAUAUAAGUAUAAAUCAAUCAUUAUCUGAUAUCUGGAGAUAAAUGUGACAUUCUUUAGCAGGCUUUUCUUCCACACUCCGUGUUUCUGAUUCGCUUUACUUCCACUUUUCAGGCUGAAAAAAACACAUAGAUUUAAUCUCCUUUACUUCUCUGACAUGGAGACUGAAAACAAAAAGGAGGGAAGGUACCUGUGCUGUAUAUCUCCUUGUUCUAAACUCUGGGGGUGAGGCCGGCUGAACCAUGAAUCUCUAGGGGUGUCCUAUUUAAUGACAGUAACCAUCUACAUCAUCGUCUUUUUAGUCGUACGCUGUGAUUGGCCAGAUAGACACAUUUGAAUAAUCACACUUGGACCUUAUUGUUAGAUGAUUUCUACACCAGUCUGAUAAAUGAGUGCCGGUGGGAGGAAGUAGAACUCCGACAUAAGCUCCGCCCUGUACAGCAGUAGCAUGUGCUAAACCAAGGUAUGAAGUUUUGCUGCUGCUUCUCCUCCAUCUGGACAUUUAAUGACAGUUAGGGAGCAACUCUCUGAGUCAUUUCCACCAACACUGGAGUUUGAAAACAACAGGAAGUUUGAGUUUGUGGAAAGAAAUGUGACUAUGAUAGGAUCAUGUUAACGGUGUUAUCGUUACCGGAAUAUUCCCAGAUAUCAGAUCAAUGAUUGCACGUCACUACAGUUUAAGAUAUUGAAGCUUCUAGAAAAAGAAAGCGAUCCUCCAGGAAAGUGAGAGUUCUGUGGAGGAUGGACGUGUUGGAUGAGUCAGAAUCACUCUUCUCUUUAUAAUCUCAGUAAAAACACGGCGUGUGCCUUAAUUAUAGAGCUAGUCUGCUAAUAAUGGCUCAGAUUAAUGAGGGUUAAUCGUAUUUAUUGUGUUGAUCGAUGGCUGAAUGUCACACUGAUUGUCGUCAUGCUUAGAUUGUAUUUUCAUAAAAGAUUUC